CGGCCGCAGUGGCCGCGCGGGCCGCGUCCUGAUUGGCUGGAGGCUGUGGCCAAGUCCACGGCCGCGCAACCCGGCCACUAAGUCGGGAAGCUGGCCAGUCGGUGCGCCAGUCCGUGGACCUCCAAGGCAGCGGCAAGGCGGGCGCGGCGCGGCGCGGCGGGACGGAGGGAACAAGAUCAGGGCAGGAGGCAAGCGGUUAAUCGAAAGGGCCCCGCACACCCAGCAAGAUGCUGUCCUGGCGGCUGCAGACCAGCUCCGAAAAGGCCGAGCUCCAGGAGCUCAAUGCCCGGCUUUAUGAGUACGUGUGCCGGGUGCGAGAGCUGGAGCGCGAGAACCUGCUGCUGGAGGAGGAGCUGCGCAGCCGGCUGAGCCGGGAGGACCGCUGGGCCGAAGAUCAAGCGCUCUACGCCGAGGAGGCGCGCAGCUUGCGACAGCAGCUCGACGAACUGAGCUGGUCCACGGCGCUGGCCGAGGGCGAGCGCGACGCGCUGCGGAGGGAACUGCUGGACCUGCAGCGGGAAGGUUUGGAAGCCAGCACUGCCCGCGGCCGCCUGGAUGCCGAGCUAGAAGCGCAGCGGCGGGAGCUGGAGGAGGCGCUGGGCGCGCGCGCCGCCCUCGAGGCGCUGCUGGGCCGGCUGGAGGCAGAGCGACGAGACCUGGAUGCGGCCCACGAGCGCCAAGUGCGAGAGCUACGCGCCCGUGCCAGCAGCCUCACCAUGCACUUCCGAGCCCGCGCCACCGGCCCCGCCGCGCCCCCGCCGCGCCUGCGGGACGUGCACGACAGCUACGCCCUGCUAGUGGCCGAGUCGUGGAGGGAGAGCAUGCAGCUGUACGAGGACGAGGUGCGCGAGCUGGAGCAGGCGCUGCGCCGCGGUCAAGAGAGCCGGCUCCAGGCGGAGGACGAGGCGCGGCUGUGCGCGCAGGAGGCGGACGCGCUGCGGAACCAGGCGCUGGAGUUGGAGCAGCUGCGUGCGAGGCUGGAGGAUGAGCUGCUUCGGAUGCGCGAGGAGUACGGGAUGCAGGCGGAGGAGCGGCAGAGAGUGAUCGACAGCCUGGAGGAUGAGAAGGAUGCCCUUACCUUGGCCAUGGCUGACAGGCUGCGGGAGUACCAGGAGCUCCUACAGGUGAAGACGGGCCUCAGCUUGGAGGUAGCUACCUACAGGGCCUUGUUGGAAGGAGAAAGCAAUCCGGAGAUAUUGAUCUGGACCGAGAACAUUGAAAACGUGCCACGAGAGUCCAGAAACACAUCCUAUCGCUAUACCGACUCAGUAUUACAGAGGAAGAAUGAGAAGAAUCUCUUUCCAAGGCGAAAAACACCUUGGGCAGCUGUAAAUCACAGCUCGACUUUGUAUUCCAACGGGCCAGGGCACCUUGACUCACAGACAACCACAGCUGUUGGAAAUGCUGCCCGAAGGGGCUUCCUGACCUCCUGCUAUUCUUCCUCAGCUACAACCUCACAGCAGAAGCCCCUGGAGAAAACUGUCAGCAGUCAAGCCAGUUUAAGACCAGUCAUACCAACCCAUGGCUUUCUAAGAAACACUGAUGCUCAAGUGAAAACAUUCUCCCAUGGACCCAAAGCUGAAGGCAUGGGGGACACCCUCACACGGCGGGCCACAGAGUCCGUUAUUACCAGAGAGUCAUACAGAGGUCACCAGGGCAACGUGGCGGCAGGUGCUGUGAACAGCACUCAGUCAAAUGAGAGGACUGUCAUUCUGGGAAAGAAAUUAGAAACGCAGGCCACUAAGGAGCAAGAGAGGGACAGGUCAGGGGUGGUCAAAUUAAAGCCAGAGGAGAAAAUGUUUGAUUCUAAAGAGAAGGCUUCGGAGGAAAGAAACUUGAGGUGGGAAGAGCUGACCAAGUUAGAUGCAAGAGAGAGGGAAAGCCAGCAUUUAAGGAACGAGGCCAAAGGGAAGGAAACACUGACGGGGAGAAGUAGAAAAGAAAGAGAAGUGCCCAUCAGUCUAGAAGUAUCUCGGGGCAGCAAAUCAGAGGUGUCCACAAUACACUUGCAGUCAUCCGGAAGGAAGGAUUCUGCCAACAGUAGGGAAAGAGAGGUAAAGACCAAAGAGACAAAGUUCCACUUGGACGGCAAGGACACUGCUGGCUCUCUGCAGAGUGACUCUACGACAGAGACCAUAGCAGAAAACAUCGUCACCACCAUCCUUAAGCAGUUUACCCAGUCUCCAGGUGCUGAAGAGAAUGUCAGUUCUUUGCCAGACACAAAGGUCACCUACCUGGACCGGAAAGAGUUUCCUGGUGACAGGAAAACCAAGACGGAAAUCGUCAUGGAGUCGAAGCUGACAGAAGACGUCGAUGUUUCUGAUGAAGCUGGCCUGGACUACCUUCUAAGCAAGGAUGUCAAGGAAGUAGGACUGAAAGGGAAGUCAACAGAGACAGUGAUUGGAGAGAUGAUCAACCUCGGUCUAAAAGGAAGGGAGGGGAGAGCCAAAGUCGUAAAUGUGGAGAUUGUGGAAGAGCCCAUGAGCUACGUAGGUGGUGGGAAAGUAGAGUUUUCUACCCCCUUCCAGGUGGAAGAAGUCGAUGAUGUGUCUCCCAGCCCCAAGGGGUUCAUUGAGGAAGAGGAGGGCGAAGGAGAAACCCACAUGGCAUUCUCAAUGCAUCAACGUCAGAGGACCAACCAGCCCCAGGUGAACGUCCCUCAUGUGGAAGAAGUGACGGAGGCGGGCGACUCGGAGGGGGAGCAGAGUUAUUUCGUGUCUACCCCAGAUGAGUACCCUGGGGGACAUGACAGAGAAGAUGAUGGCUCUGUGUAUGGGCAGAUCCACAUUGAGGAAGAGUCCACCAUCCGGUACUCAUGGCAAGACGAGAUUGCACAGGGGACUUGGAGAAGGAAAGCGAGAGGUGACACGGGGGAAGAGAAGCACAUGAAGGUCCUGGAGGUUCCAUCGGCUUCCCUGGGUGGUGCCUUUGGAUCUGCUCACGUGAAGGAAGAAGCUAGUGGUGAACUCCACGCUGAACCCACAAUCAUUGAGAAAGAGAUCAAAAUACCGCAUGAAUUCCACACCUCCAUAAAGGGCGUCUUCUCCAGUGAGCCUCGGCAUCAGUUGGUGGAGGUCAUUGGGCAGCUGGAGGAAACGUUGCCUGAGCGCAUGAAGGAAGAGCUGUCUGCCCUGACCAGACAGAGUCAAGGAGAGCCAGGGAGUGUCUCAGUGGAUGUAAAGAAAGUCCAGAGCUCUGCUGGCGGUUCUGUGACCUUAAUGGCUGAGGUCAACCUCUCGCAGACUGUAGAUGCUGAUCAGUUAGACCUGGAGGAGUUGAGCAGGGACGAAGCUGGGGAAAUAGAGAAGGCUGUGGAGUCAGUGGUAAGAGAGAGCUUGACCAAGCGCUCCAGCCCAGUGCCUAGAAGCCCAGACAGGGAAGAUGGAGAGGAGGCGCCUGCCGGUGGCUUUCUCUUCAAGCGCUGGGCCACCAGGGAGCUGUAUAGCCCGUCUGGUGAGAAGGAUGAUACUGACCGGGUCUUUCACAGCUCGGAUCAGCGUGUUACCCAGGGCCCAGUGUCAGCCACCGUGGAAGUGACCAGCCCAACGGGUUUUGUGCAGUCUCAUGUGCUGGAGGAUGUAAGCCAGUCUGUAAGGCACGUUAAACUAGGCCCCACUGAGAUGUGGAGGACGGAACAGGUGUCCUACGGAGGACCCACCUCACCGGUGGUGGAGGUAAGUGAAGACUUCAGCGAGGCAGUCAGCUCCGAGGGAGCCAGCCGCUCCGUGAGGCACGUUACACUGGGUCCCCGUCAAAACCGAGUGUCCACAGAAGUCAUUUUCCGAGGCUCUGUGCCUACCGGGCAGGAGACAGGAGACACAGGAGAGCCUGACCCUGCAGCACUGUCUGUGGAAGCUGACAUCUCAGGGAGUGGCAGGAUGCCCGGCUCUCAGCAGGCUCACAAUGAAAAGGAAACUCCUUUUCCGGGUCCUAUUUCUGGGGCAGCCCAGGUUGGUAGUAACUUUUCAACUGAAGGGUCAGUGGGUACCCAGACUUUUGUUAGGCAUCUCCAGUUAGGCUCCAGAGAAGGGUUCAGAGAAGAAAUCCAGUUCAUAGCUCCCAUCCCAGACAGGGCAGAGUGGGGAGAAGAGGAUUCUGGGUACACCAGAGUGUCUCUAGGGAGGAGCACCUCCAUCCAGCACAUUGACAUCGUGCCUCAGAGGUACCAGGCUUCCAAGCAGGUGGCCCCACAGACAUUGGGAUUUAGGGACUCAGAAGGCGUAGUCCUGGUGGAGAGGUCAGCAGGUAUGACCCAGGCCACUCACAAUUUCACCUCAGAUAGAGAAAUCCUCAAGAAGGAAGAGAACACAUUCCAGAGGGUCAUUUCUGGGUCCCCUCCAGACAGUGUGGGCGACACAGGAGCAGAGGUGACAGAAAACAUCAGCAGAUCCUUCAGGCACAUUCAAAUAGGUCCUACAGAGGAGGACCCCUCUGAAUACAUUGUCACCAGUGGACCCUUGUCUAAAACAUUUGUUCUUGACAGUUCCGUGGCAUCCCCUGGGCCGGGUGGGGGAGCAGACGGCAGUAGCACACCAUGUCACAUUGCACUGGGGCCCAAAGAAACUUCAUUUACCUUUCAGAUGGGUGUAAGUGACACGAGAGCCAUCCGCAGCUGGACCCGAGACACAGGGUCAGAAGUGGAAGCUCACAGUGUGUCUCACCACGGUGGCUGGAGAGUUGCUCACAGUAGGGAUGAGCAAUCAGCCAGCACCAGCUCUCAGGCCUCUGCUGGGGAUGCACACCAGGCCCGUGGAGAGAAAGGCACGGAGCAGGCUGGAUUUGACAAGACGGUGCAGCUGCAAAGAAUGGUAGACCAAAGGUCUGUGGCUUCAGAUGAGAAGAAAGUGGCCCUUCUCUAUCUAGACAAUGAGGAGGAAGAGGAGGGCGAGGGAUGGUUUUGAUAACCAGAAACUGUCUUGUCCUGAAUGGCGCUCUGGAGACAUAUCCAUGUACAAAGCCUUCAAAAUACCAACAUACAAGCCCUUCACUAAGUGUUAAGUGGGGGUGUGGGGAGGGCUGGUUAUCAAUACCUUUGUUUAGAGAAGCCUAGGCCGAAGUAGUUUGCUUCAGAACUUGUAUGUAAAGGUUGGAGAUUUUACAUUUGAGUUGGAACUCCCCUAGGCUCCUUUUAUCUUUCCUAGUCUUAAGAAGUUCUUUCCUCUAAACUUUUCUCUCCACGCGUGGAGACAGUUUAUACGAGUUUUGCACAGGUCACAGGCGUGGCUCGUAUCUGUUCUACUGUCUAUCCUAUAGGCAAGACACUUUAACAUUAGCCAGGUUAAAAUAAUAUAUUCAAGGUAGGUUUUGUUGCAUGUGCUAAUAUCAAACAGGAAGCUAACACUGGAAAGGAGCAUAGGUGGGCUUUUCUCUCUCCAAAGUCUUUUUUUAAAUUAAGAAAUUUUUAAAUUUUUAAUUUAAGAAAUUAUAGAAAGUAAGCAAGACUGUAUGGGAAAAAAUCUACUAGAUGAUUUAAGAAAAAGUUACUUAUCAGAGAUUUAAAGUUAUGUUAAAAUGGAAUGAAUUGCUUUCUAUGUACAGGACUGAAAAGAGAGGGCUUAGAGUUAUUUAUGGAAAGACAGCUGUGGUUCGUUGUUGGUGCCUCAGAUUCAUGUAUCUGUCCUGAUUGCUCAGAUUUGCUGUCUCUGGCCACAGGCAUUGGCAGCCAAGAAUGAGAAUUGCUCACAGCAUCCUUUCAAAUCUUUACUAGGCUGGGAGGUAGCAGAUACAUUGUGUCCUGAUCUAAGCUGGAGCACUGGUUCUCAACCUGUGGGUCGAGGCGACCCUUUCAAGGCAUCGCCUAAGACCAUCGGAAAACACCAAUGUUUACACUACGAUUCGUAACAGUGGAGAAAUUAGUUAUGAAGUGGCAAGGAUGUGAUUUUACGAUUGGGGGUCACCACGACUUGAGAAACUAUAUUAAAGGGCCGCAGCCUUUGGAGGGUUAAGGACCACUGCUCUAGAAGAAUGAGUCAGUGCUCCUAACAACAGAACCAUUUCUCUACCCGGUACAGAUUGCCUUGGUAGGAUUUUCUGAGCUCCUAGAAUUAAGGACAAAAGUGGCAAGAGCCGUAUACGAACCUCACAAACACUUUUGCACUUUGGAUAGAAAUCAUGAUGGUGGUGGCAUUUAAGUUGAAUGUAGGUAGUGUUUAGGAGAGGGAACCAGGUGCUUCCAAUGUAACCAGCAUCUGGGCCCCCAGAGCAGACUGACAGACGACAAAGGCCUCACCCUUGUGGGCCACACAUCAUGGACCGGAAGCUGUGUGCCACUGAAUUUAAUGGGUGUGUUCAUUUGGAAUGGCUCUUUUACACAUGGACGUUGUUUUUAAAGCUUCCGUCUCUGAAGGUUUGGCAUCACAUAAAAAAGCAAAAAGGCCUCUACAGUGCAGCGGUCUGUGAGUGCAGAAUAGUAGCUUCCAUGGGUCCGAACUGUGCUUUUGAACCCAGGCCACAAACCUGCCUGUGGGGCUCUGAGGAAGAAGGAUCCGAGGUGGUGUCAUCUUCAGGUAGGGGAGGAGCACGGUACAGGAGGGCCUCCCUCCCCAUGUGUCCCACAGGACGCAUUCCCCACUCCGGUUCCAGCAGGUGGGUGAAAGAGAGGUUCUUCCUUGCUAAGGGAAGGAGAAAUGCAGAAUGGUUUAAGGUAUUUCCAAAGCCUGGCAUCGGGGUACAGGAAGAAAGCAGGUUUGAACAGAAAGCCCAUGUUACCUACCUGCCAGCUGAACUCAGGGGUGUCAGACUAAGACAGGAGUUACUGCUGUGGCUUGUCCUCUCUGACACUGUCUGAGAUGCCCUGAUUUAUUCUUACCAUAGUCAGAAGACCUGAGUGAUUCGUUAGAGUGUGGCUGAGGUGGUACAGCCUGGGUAUAACAAUGCAAGACACAGUUACAAUGUCGAGUUUAUUAUGAGUCUAAGUGGGCUUAGCUGGACGCCCUUGUCCUGGUUCCUGAACUUGUCCAUGCAUGGUGGUGUGAGCAGCUUAUAAAUAUCUGGGCACUUCUUCUCACUUUGAAAAAUAAGUGUCUUGGAGUGAAAUAUUAAUUGUCAUCUCUAAGUUGGAAUCACCAUCAAGGCAAUCCCAGGAAGGAGGAGUCCUCAGCUGUCAUCGGUUACUAUGUCUCUAGGUCACUAAGGGCAGAGCUUUUACCCUUGACAUUGUAGCAGCUCCCUGAGGUUUUUGGAAUCAGUCACUCUGGAGUCAAAUGGACACUGUGGUAGGGCAGGGAGGGUGGGGGUGCACCCAGUCUCUCCCAGUUUGUUAUUGAGACUACAAGAUACUGAAUGUUUCUUAGCCUUCCACUGGUUGUUUUGAUAGUUUGCUUUGACGUGUUUAUUUAGAAUUAUCUAAGAAGCUUAUUUUUGCUAACCUCCUGUUCCCUACAAAGUGAACUGUCACAAGAAUAUGUAGAAAUAAAGAUCUGAGGGGAAAAAA